CUGUUGUCAGCGCUGCUCACUAAAACAUCACUUUACACGCCUGAUUUAUCUCUCUCUCUUGCUUGAGAAGUCCUCCUAUGAUGUUCAAGUUCAUCAAAUUAAAUACCUUGAGCCAAAAGUACCACUCGCUUCCAAUGGCAGAAUCAGAGAGCGAUAACCAUGGUCAUCGGUCCAGCGAUGAAUCCGACCUCCCCUUGAUGAAGGAGCUUUCUUGUCACAAGAAUGAGUCUCGAACUCUAGGGUUUUUUGGCAACAUGAAGUCAGCAAUGAAGAAUCCAAUGUUCAUUGUGAGCUUUUUGUUUUUUCAAAUCGGAGUCGGGAGCCUUUUUCUUGCGUGGCACCAUUCUCAUCGCUUCAACGCCCGGUUUAAGGAUAUUUCAAUGCACUCACCUUUGUUGGAUCGAAUUCAGAUCCCACUUGUCCCUCGCAAAAGUUAUGCUCAGUAUGGCAUGGGAGGGCCCGAGAUCUGGCGCGCUGAGCCUAGCGAGGAAGUCGACAAGGCAUGGGAGCGUGUCACAGCUGAAUAUCUCUUCCCUGUCAAAGAGUCGGACAUCAAAGCCAUGCGCAAAGAUCCUUCUGUGGUUGUUCCGAUGCCUGAAAACCACAAGAUCGACGGGGAGACCACGUACAUGGCCAAGUCGGCCGUCUACCACAAUAUUCACUGUCUGGACUACAUUCGGAAGGCAGUUUAUCACGACCAUUACUACCCGAACGGUACUGACGACAACCCAUUCCAUGCCUAUCAUACAGCGCAUUGUAUUAUGAUCCUAUUUGAGCAUUUGACGUGCUCGGGGGAUCCCGGUGUAUACCUCUUUCGUUGGAUGGAAGAGUUUAAUCGUCCGAUCGCUGACACAAACAUCUGGCGCCAGUGCUGGGACUUUGAGACUGUGAUGGAGGAACACAACGAAAAGGCAGUUAAAGACAUGACCGAAACGGAUGUUCGAAAGCCUCAUGGCGUGAAGUCCGUGCCAGCUCCUGAUGGUGUUAUGAACAUCAUCAGGAACUACCAGAGAACACAUCCUGACUACGAUCCUGGGCAGUAAAGUCUGUAGCAGACCAAAAGAAAGGAAUAAAGGGCAUGAGCUUUUUCGGUAUAAGACAGGUAGAAGAGCUUCCUUUACAUGUUUGGGAGGGUAGAAAUACACAGAUUGUUCGAUC